CACGAAUCUCUUUCCCAAUCAUUACGAAUUUGAACAAAUAUAUUGGAAUACGACAAACGGUUCAAUUUACUCAUGUUUUCCUUUUCGAUCGGGAGAAAAAUCUGCUCUAAUCGAAUUAAAGUUAAUCGCUAAAAUUGAUCAUCGAUUGGCUUUCCAACGAGCGAUAAAUGGCUCAAAAUUCCGGCCACCACUUUAAUCUUUUAAUAACCUCUUUUCUCUUUUUUGAUCAAAAAAGUUUAAGGGGGGGCCCUUUUUAACUCCAACUGGGAGAAAACCUGCGGUCUCAUUUAAUUCCUUGUGUAGACGGUUGCUAGCGUGUCGUGAGCUGUCGUCGCCGGCGUUGCACACAAGAGUCAACAAACUAACAAGCGGCUAUUCAUCAAAGUCCUUUGGAGCCAAGUUGUUUGCAUUUCGGCGGGAAAUUUGAACUUUUUUGAAUAGCAAAUUAAAUUAGUUAACAUGUCUUAAAUUUUUAGUGGGUCAGUCGCUUAACAAGAAGAUGGCCUACAAUCUACAAUUCCAUUAACUGUUUCUCUACCUGGCUCAUACAUAUCAUUUUUUCGACGUCCAGCGUCUCCGCAGGUACCGCAAAAAAAUGCCAUCCUCCCAGUCGUGCUGAUUGAUUUCUAAUCAAAUAAAAACAUGCCCACACACACACCUGGAAGAAAUAGAAAUAGAAUUGACUGGGUUUUUUCUUUUGGCAAAUGUCGGAGGGAUUCCAAUAACCCAAUAAGGCAGUCGAGCGAGAUGUAAUCCUUAUUCUAUAUAGCGGCCUAAGUUGAUAGUCGAGCGCACGGCCAUCAUUCACUCGGACGAGGGAGCCCAUCUCAUCAUCACGUCUGGUCUACAUCCACAGCCCGUUGAGAAUUGAUGAUGAGAGAAACAUUCCGGGAUUCUGAUCUACUACGACGACGGCCCACUCUGUGUGUGGAUAACAAUGAGGCCUUCUUUCUUCUCCACAAUGAGAUAAGAAAAAUCGACGCAACGAUGAGCUUCUUCUUGCUGCCCAGUCUAACGGGAAACGGGUACAAGAACAUCUGAAAGAAAAGAAACUUUUAACUAUUUGAUACCGACCGCAGAUAUAAAGAAGAGAAAGAAGAAAGAGUCGCUAUUUGUCCCCACAGCAGCAGCAGCAGCCGACCACCACCACCUCCUCCUGGGUUCUGCAUCCCAGAUCGCGUCCAGAUGGCACUUGUUUUUCAAUUGGCGGCCAAGAUGAGACCCACACACACAUGCAAGAGAGAGAUUAGGGAGAAAUUGUAGAUACUCCGUCCCCAUCCAGCAGCAGGAGGGGGGGAGGAAUUAAGAGAAACACCUUAUAAGCAUCCGGCCCCUGGGCCCAGCAGCACCGGGUGGGUGUACAGUAUACCCAGUAAGAUAGGGUGGGGUGGCGGUGGUUGGUUGACGCCUUCGACUUACUACUACACACACACAGCGGAGCUCAAUGGAAGAGAUAUAAAGAUAAGAUCCGAGUGCGGCUAGUCAACCAAGUCCAUUUGGUGUUGAUCAGCCGUUCAGAGUGGCUCGACUUCGUCUCCGCUGCUGUCCCAACCGAUUCCGCCCAGUUUUCCUGCGCAACGUGAACCAAUUGUGUGAAAUCAUUGCUCACCUCAUCCAUCCUUCCAUCAUGAACAAGUGCUCGUUGUUGAUGUUCGUUGUGAUUUGCGCCCUGGCCGCACAGAACGCAAGAGUUGCCGAUGCCCAGUCGGCCAAUUUCUUCAGCAAUUUCUUCACCAUCUUCCGCCGGGCCAGCCGGCCGGGCAGUUCCAAGACCAGCAGCAGUUCCAGCUCCAAGCAGCUCAGCGCCGCUUCCAUCAAUCAAUGGAGUUCGUUGCCGGAAGUCAAAACCAUCACCAUGACCAUGACGGAAACGGAAACGACAGAGAUGAUGAUCACGUCCACCAUGUCGGAAUUCUUCACCGUCACCGAGACCAUCACCGAGCGGCUGAUCGCCACUUCGACGCUGACCAGGAAGAUGACGGCCACCGCCACUCAGGUCGUCACGUCUUGUCCCGACCAGGAAAUCGGAUUGAGGAGGAUCAACUGGAAAGAGAUCCCAAACAGGAUCGAGGAGAUUAUGAAGCGAUCCGGCGUUCCUGCAUUGGAAUAUUCCGCCAUUCCGGAAGGCCCUUACAUCAUUAAAGGACGUACUUUUGACAUUGAAUCGUCCAUUGACGGUGACGAACAACAGCAACAGCCCGAGGGUGAAUCCAAUGAAACGCUAGUUGCUUCCGAAGAUGAACCAUCCGUCUAAA